UGACGUGGCCGCCGCCCCGCCGGCCGCCGCCGCCAUGUUCCGGAGCCUGCUGGUGGCGGCGGCGCAGCGGCCGCAAGGCCCGGCCGGGCCCCCCCGCGCCGCCCCCGGGCCCGCGGCCGCGGCCGAGGCGCUGGAGGCGCAGUUCAGCUGCCCCAUCUGCCUCGAGGUCUUCCACCGCGCCGUCGGCAUCGCGGGCUGCGGCCACACGUUCUGUGGGGAAUGCCUGCAGCCCUGCCUGCAGGUGCCCUCCCCGCUGUGCCCGCUCUGCCGCGUGCCCUUCGACCCCAAGAAGGUGGAGAAGGCUUCCAGCGUGGAGAAACAGCUCUCGUCCUACAAGGCUCCCUGCAGAGGCUGCAGCAAGAAGGUGACCCUGGCCAAAAUGCGCUCCCACGUCUCGUCCUGCGCCAAGGUGCAGGAGCAGAUGGCCAACUGCCCCAAGUUUGUUCCUGUUGUCCCCACAUCCCAGCCUAUUCCCAGCAACAUUCCCAACCGCUCCACGUUCGUGUGUCCCUACUGCGGGGCACGGAACCUGGACCAGCAGGAGCUGGUGAAGCACUGCAUGGAGAACCACAGGAACGACCCCAACAAGGUGGUGUGCCCGGUGUGCUCGGCCAUGCCCUGGGGGGACCCCAGCUACAAGAGUGCCAACUUCCUGCAGCACCUGCUCCACAGGCACAAGUUCUCCUACGACACCUUCGUGGAUUACAACAUCGACGAGGAGGCGGCGCUGCAGGCAGCCCUGGCUCUGUCCCUCUCUGAGAACUGAGGCUGAUCCCUCUCCCUGCCCUGGCUCCUUCUGCACGCUCCAGGAACCCUCUGGAGCCCCACUGCAAUUCCCACCUUGUUGAAGAAGGUGGAGCCUCUUCAGUGUCACAGUGAGUGAGCAGAGAGCUCUGGAGCAGGGCUGGGAUCAGUCCUUGGACUGGCAUUAAUAUCCGUGUUGGGAGCCUAGCCCCGUGUCCAGAUCUAUUUAUUGUUAGAUGCUUUUUGGCACGCUCCUCCCUGCUCUCUGUUGCAGCAGAAUAGGUACCUGAAACUGAUAGAUUGACCCUCAUUUGGGACUGGAAUCAGCCACAUCCUUUUAAAAAGGAGGAAGGCAGCACGGAGCAGCUUUUUUUAAACUCUCCAAGGAUUUUUCUAGAGAUGUCAGGCUGUCCUGACCCCCGUGCUGGAGGCUGGAGCUGCCUCCUUCACCUGAAUCCCAGCAUGAGACUGAAGAGUGGUUCAGAGGAGCCCUGGAGGAUGGCAUCCAGCAUCCAGGGAGCCUCCCCUUCCUCGUUUUGUACCUGCUCUUGGGACACCAAACCCUUGCCUUUUUCUACACGGAGCAGCACGGAGCCUUUUCCACCUUUUCUAGAGCUGCUCUAGAAGCUGCUCCCCUUCACUCUGCAAUACCUGCCACCUGGGACAAGAGUA